AUGGGAAACCCAGAGGCAGCGACGGCGCCAACCACCAAUAAAUGGGAUAGUGUACUGAAAGGGUUAGCUUCACAUAAAAUAUAUGAAGACUUCGAUAAAGAAGAUGAUAGAGGCAAUAAGUAUGAUGACGUAUGUAAAAUAGAAAUAGAUGGGAAAAUAAGAUAUACUGAAUUUCGUGAAAUUUGUAAUAAAUUUGCUAAGAACUUGGAAGAUAUAUUUUGCAAUAAAUACGGGGAAAAAACCAUUAAUUACUGCAUAUUACUGGAAUACUGGGUGUAUGAACAAAUAAAAAAAAUACCUAAAACUGGUGAAAAGAAAAAUGAAAUAUUUUUUCUUACGGAAAAACUAAAAAAGGUGCAGUACUCCAUUAAAAAAAAUUGUUCUGAAAAUUUUGAAUGCUACGAUUAUUAUAAUGACUAUUUCGGUGAUUGGAAAGACGAGAAAGAGCUAUAUGAAUAUUUUUUAAAUUUUGAUGAAAUUGAUAGUAAUAUUGAUAAGAAGGAGGAUGUAAAUGAAAAUUAUAAAAGGUACUUGAAGCAUAUUUUGGAUCUAUAUAAAAAAAAAAAAAAAAGUGGUUGUUGUAACAUUAAAUAUUAUCACCUUUGUGAUCAUUAUUUUAGAUGUAAUCCAAAGUAUGAUCCAGAGGUGCUCUUAUCAAAGUUAGGAGAACCAAAAGGAGAAAAUCCUCCUUCAAAAUCAGAUAAAGAUGGUAUAGAUGUCUCUGCAGAAAUAGGUGAAAAUAAAAAAUAUGUAGAUGCAUAUGGAAAACAUAUACAACCAACUCGAACUGAUGUUGUCAUCCCUGAUGUGCCACUUGGAUGGCAUAAAAGAAAAGACAAAUCUAAAUCGAGAAUUCAAAACGUUAGAUGUCUUAUGAAUUAUACAGCUAAGAAUAGUAAAUAUGCAUUGGUUUCGUGUUAUAACUUUGGAAAAGGAUACCCGGAUGUUGAGCAUAUAUUUAGACCUACAAAGGAAGAGGAUGCUUUUUUUUCUGAAUUAAAAAACAAAGGAAAAGGACACUAUGAUAAUCUAAGUUCUAGUGUAGUCUAUAGGAAAUCAUUUCCUGAAGGUUCAAAUAAAAAUGAGAGAGGUGCCACACAACCUAAUAUUACUGCAGUGAUGCCGGCAUCGAUACAUGGAUACAGCCCCCUAGGACAAUUAAUAAAGGAAGAACAGGAUGAGUAUACUGAAGAACCUCAAAAGAGUCGCGCGUUUACAUAUAGAUUUGCACCAACAGCCAGAAGUUAUCUCAAUGAAGAAGAAUUCAAUAAAAUACCUUGUAUUUAUAUUAAAAUAAAUGAGAAUGGAACAAAAGAGUGUGUAAAAAAGGAAGACUUGGAUAAAAUUAAAGUUUUUACAGAUAAAGAACUUCAGAAUUUAGGUACUGAAGAAACUGUUGCCACGUCUCCUGCAACAGAUUCUCAUGCAGACGAAUCUCUCGUUUUUUUUGAGACAAUAGGGGAUAGUAUGUUCAAAACACCUAUGUUCCGGGGUGCUACCUUAGCAGUAUUAUUAGCAGGAAUGGUUUUCGUUUUUUUUAUUUAUUACAAGGUAUAUAAUAGUUAUAAAAUGUGUGCAUACAUAAAUUAG